AGGGAGACCCCUUUGGCUCUACGAAGAGGGCGAGCACUGAGCAGUCAGCACUCAGCGGGCUUCCCUGUUUCUUGGCAGCAGGUCCUGGAUUGACUCUUUUGUUCUCGACAAUAAUAUCCAUUAUCAGUUUACUCUCUCCGUUCAUCUCAUCACAUCUCUUAUCUCGUCUUGGUGUUUCGCUCCCCUCGAUUCCCGGAAGGAUGGCGGCGUUACUGUUAGGGCCGUCGUUUAUUAAAGUGCCGCCGCCGCUGCCACCGUCAUCGCUCUCUUCAAAUUCACAUCACACUAAUCAGUUUCAUCCAACGUUCCACUGUCUGGGGCCGCGCUCAGAGCUCUCUCUUCUUCAUUCCUCCUCCUCCUCCUCUGCCAAUACGUGGACCCCUAGUGAAGAAGCUGGAACUGCCGAUAACUCUCCCGCAGAAGAUAGAAGCAGGGAUCGCCGGAGAGUGGUCAGACUCGCCUGGGAGAAGCUUGUCCGUUGGUCCCGCUCUUGGCGUUCCAAGCCCACCCCCGACGUUCUUCACCGCAUUAACAAGGUUGUGGUGCUUGGAGGUGGAUCUUUUGGUACGGCAAUGGCUGCCCAUGUUGCAGAAAGAAAGGCUCAAUUGGAGGUUAAGAUGCUUGUACGCGAUCCUCAAGUUUGUCAAUCUAUCAAUGAGAACCAUUGUAAUAGGAAGUACUUUCCAGAACACAAGCUACCAGAAAAUGUAAUUGCAACAACUGAUGCCAAAGCUGCCUUGCUUGGUGCAGACUAUUGCUUGCAUGCUGUACCUGUACAGUUCAGCUCAUCUUUUCUUGUGGGCAUUGCGGAUUAUGUUGACCCAGGCUUGCCAUUCAUUUCUCUUAGUAAAGGUUUGGAGCUGAAUACUUUGAGGAUGAUGUCUCAAAUUAUUCCACAAUCAUUGAGGAAUCCUUGCCAACCUUUCGUUGCAUUAUCAGGCCCUUCAUUUGCGUUGGAGUUGAUGAAUAAAUUACCAACAGCAAUGGUGGUGGCAUCAAAAGACAAAAAACAGGCUAAAGCAGUUCAACAUCUACUAGCUUCCAGUCAUAUGAGAAUUAGUACAUCAAGUGAUGUUACAGGGGUGGAAAUUGCAGGUGCACUCAAGAAUGUACUUGCAAUAGCAGCAGGGAUAGUGGAUGGGAUGAAUCUUGGAAAUAAUUCUAUGGCGGCUCUUGUUGCACAGGGUUGUUCCGAGAUACGAUGGUUAGCAACAAAGAUGGGUGCGAAGUCAACAACGAUCACUGGUUUGUCAGGAACUGGAGACAUUAUGCUUACAUGUUUUGUGAAUCUUUCGAGAAACAGAAUGGUUGGAGUUCGUCUUGGAUCAGGGGAGACGCUUGAUGAUAUACUAAGGUCCAUGAACCAGGUGGCCGAAGGUGUAUCAACGGCUGGAGCUGUGAUUGCAUUGGCCCAGAAAUAUAAUGUUAAGAUGCCAGUUUUGACGGCAGUUGCUCGAAUUAUUGACAAUGAACUUACACCAAAGAAAGCUGUUCUUGAGUUGAUGAAUCUCCCUCAGGUGGAAGAGGUAUGAAGGGAACCCAUGGACUUUGGGAAUUGGGAAUUCAGGGUGAAAGAACUACAUGGAAUUAUCGAAUUGUUGUCUAGCUGCUGCAUGCAAGGAGUAAUUAAUUUUAGCUGGCGUCUACAGGAUUUAUGGGGGUGGUUCCCCGGUUCCCCCCCCCCCCUGUAUUUUAUUAUUGCUACUGCAGACUCCCUUCUGAAAAAUGGAAGGGAGAACAAUUUUGCAUAUUUGAGAUUGCAUCAGCGCGUUGUAGAUUUGGGAAAAAAAGAAAAAGGAAAAAAGGGAAAAUGAAAGAGCUGAUGAAGGGCGAGGAGGCAAUGACCGAGUAUGAGGUCAUCCCAAGUGCAAAUGGCCACGCAUAUGCAUUCUUAUAUUGACAAUACCUCACUUGAGAACUGGCAGAAUAUAACAAACCUAUCAAGUGGGUUGAACUAUUUUGUGCC